GAUACGCCGAAGCUGAAAUCGAGAGGCGAACCCAGGAAAGAGGAGUAUUUUGUACACGGGACUUUCCCCCCCUUCGUCCCCAAAAAGGAGGGGGAAAAGUCAAAUUUUAUGAAGAUAAACGAAAAACAACCUUCGAAAACAGGCGAAGACGAUUAUCUCUGUGGAUAUAUAUUUUUUAAUUCGUAAAAAAUAUGGCCGAGAACGUUCUGGACUCUGGCCCGCCUUCAGCCAAGAGGCCUAAACUAUCCUCUCCGGCACUUUCUGUCUCCGCCAGCGAUGGAAACGAUUUUGGCUCCCUCUUUGACCUGGAACACGACCUCCCAGAUGAACUUAUCAGCUCCUCGGAGCUGGGCCUGGCCAAUGGGGGCGACCUCAGCCAGCUGCACACCAGCCUGGGCCCGGGCUCCAGCUCCAUGGGCCUGGGCAUGGCCGGGGCCGUGGGCCAGGACGCCGCUGCCAAGCACAAGCAGCUCUCCGAGCUCCUCCGCUCGGGCGCCCAGCAGCAACAGCAGGGAGGCCCCGGGGCAAACCAGGCCGGGCCAGGGAUGGGCAACCUCCUGGGCAACAUGAAGAUGUCGCCGGGGCCCCAGGGAAUGGGCCCCCAGUCUCAGCAGCAGCACAUGUCCCCGCAGCAGUCCAGUUUGAUGCAGCAGCAGCAAAUGGCCGGCAUGGUGAGCGGCCUGAACAGAGGCAUGAUGGGCGUCCAGAAGGGCGCCGGGCCGCAGUCGCAGCAGGGCGUGGGCCCCUCGCCCCAGCAGCAGGCCAUGGGCAUGGGGGGGCAGGUGAUGAACGGCUCCCCCAGGAUGGGCUACCCCAACCAGGGCAUGGGCAGUAACAGCAACCUGCUGGCCGAGACGCUCCAGCAACAGCAGCCAGGAGUGGCCGGCCAGAACGCACUGAGAGCACAGCAACCCGGAGCACUGAACAAGAUGGGCAUGAUGGGAAACGCGGGCCCCUAUGGAGGCCCGUACGGCCAGUCCGCAGGCCAGAGUCUGGGAGGAGCUGGGCUGGCCCCGCAGCUCCAGAACAAAGCCGGUCUGCCCAACAGCCUGGCCCAGUUCAGCCUGGACAAGAAGCCGCAGCCCAUGCAAGGGAUGGCCGGAAUGGCGUCCCAGCAGGCCACAGCAGGUGGGGUGGCCACGUCAGGACCAGCGGGUAUGGUGCCCAACGCUCAGGGUGGCCUGGGUCCAGCGGGCCCGGGCGGGGCGGCUGCCGGGGUGGGCGUCGGGGUGGGGGUACCCCCCACGGCCGACCCGGAGAAGCGCAAGCUGAUCCAGCAGCAGCUGGUGCUCCUGCUGCACGCGCACAAGUGCCAGCGGCGCGAGCAGGCCAACGGCGAGAUGCGUCCGUGCAACCUGCCCCACUGCCGCACCAUGAAGAACGUCCUCAACCACAUGACCCACUGCCAGGCCGGCAAGACCUGCCAAGUGGCGCACUGUGCCUCGUCCAGACAGAUCAUCUCCCACUGGAAGAACUGCACUCGACAGGACUGCCCCGUGUGUCUACCGCUGAAAAACGCCGGAGACAAGAGGAAUCAGCAGUGUGAGUCUCUCGUGGGCUCCGCAGGCCUCGGCUUGGGCAGUGGGCUUGGCUCAGUGCCCGGCGGUCAGCCCAGCACCCCGAGCCUCAACGCGCCGGGCCAGAUUGACCCCAGCUCCAUCGAGAGGGCCUAUGCCGCCCUGGGCCUCACCUACUCGGGCAACCAGGUGCACCCUCAGCCCAACCAGGCCACGUCCAGAUCCCUCAACGCCAUGGGAGGGAACCCAGUGAACGGAGCAGUGGGCAGCCAAGGACCCAACCAGGGCAGCCUUCUGCAGGACACCAUGAUGCACCUCAACAUGAACUCAAGCCUGAUGAAUGACAGCGGCACCAUGCCCACAGCCAACCCGGCCUCUACAGGGGGCAUGAGGAAGAGCUGGCAUGAGGACAUCACACAGGAUCUGCGCAAUCACCUCGUCCACAAGCUUGUCCAGGCCAUUUUCCCGACGCCAGACCCCGCUGCUCUGAAGGACCGGCGGAUGGAGAACCUGGUGGCGUACGCACGAAAGGUGGAGGGGGACAUGUACGAGUCUGCCAACAGCAGGGCUGAGUACUACCAUCUCCUGGCAGAGAAGAUCUACAAGAUCCAGAAGGAGCUGGAAGAGAAGCGGCGGACACGGCUGCAGAAGCAAGGCAUGAUGGGAAGUCAACCAGGCAUGUCCCCCAGUGUCCUGCCGCCAGGCCCUCCUGUAAUGGGCCAGCCGACACCGCCAACGGGACUGCCACUUAAUGGUCCAUUAGCAGGGCCCACCCAAAUGGUCAACCGGAUGCAGAACCCUGCAGGGAUGCCCCCCUUUAACCAGAUGCCCAUGGGUCCCAGGGCUACUCCGCCCCCUCAGCUCGGAUCGCCCAUGAGCCAGCAGAUGGGAAUGGGAGGUGGAGCGAGGAUGCCCCAGCCCAACGUGGGCCAGAUGCAGAACCAGUACAUGGCACCGGUGCAGAGCCAGUUCCCUGGACCUGGUCCAUCUCUCGGCAACGUCAACGUUAACAUGGGCCAGUCUGGCGGCCAGGCUAGCAUGGCUCAGGUGAGAGGAUCACCUGGUGGUCCUCCUCAGCAGGCCCAGAUGCCCACUCCUCCCUCCAUGCCCGUCAACAGCCCCCUCGGCCAGCCCGGCUCGGCCGGCGGCGGCUCCUCCAUGAUGUCCUCGGGCAUGGGCACGGGCCCCGGCAGCGUGGGUCCCCCCUCGGUCUCCUCUUCCUCCACCCCUCCCCAGCAGCAGCAGCAGCAGCAGCCGCCCCUCGCCAUGCCGCACUGCCCCCCGGCCGUCCGCAACUCGCCCUCGCCGGCCCGCAGCCGCAGUCCCACCCCGCACCGCACGCCUCCGCCGACGGGACACCCGGGCUCCCAGACGCCGCAGCCCCACACCCCCGGCCUCCCCCAGCUGCCCGGCAGCGUCGGCCAGGGGCCCCUCUCCCAGGGGCCGGGCUCCGACAAGCCCCCGCAGAUGCGCCAGCAGUCGAUGGGAGGCGGCCCAGGCUCGGUGGGCUCGGGGAGCCAGCAGUGCACUCUGUCCACCCCCAACGCAGGGCACGGAUCUCAACUGCCCCGCACUCCACUGUCCCAGAAGGGCUCGCUCCACCUGGACGGGCAGGUAGCCACGCCGGCCUCCGUCAGCAGCAGCAGCGCCGACACCUCCUCCCAGCAGGCGCCCUGCGACGGAGCGGCCUCCGCCCUCAGCACCAAGAUGGAGGUGAAGCAGCAGGACGACGAAGACGAGGACGACGACGAGGAGUCGGCCGGCGGAGGCAGGAUCGGAAAGUUAGGUGGCGUGAAGACGGAAGAGAAACCAGAUAUAAAGAAAGAAGAGCCAUCGGGUGAUGGCGGGAAAGGCAGCGCCAUGGAGACAUCCACGGCGGAAGACAGGAAGCCGGAAGUGAAGACGGAACCCAAAGAAGAAGAGGAGGCAUCGACGCCCUCGACAACCAGCUCCUCGCCUGCAGGACCACAGAGCAAGAAGAAGAUCUUCAAGCCAGAGGAGCUACGGCAAGCCCUCAUGCCCACACUGGAGGCUUUGUACCGUCAGGACCCAGAGUCCUUGCCCUUCCGUCAACCUGUGGAUCCACAGUUGCUGGGCAUUCCUGACUACUUCGACAUCGUGAAGAACCCCAUCGACUUGUCCACCAUCAAGCGCAAGCUAGACACGGGUCAGUACCAGGAGCCCUGGCAGUACGUGGACGACAUCUGGCUCAUGUUCAACAACGCCUGGCUCUACAACCGCAAGACUUCGCGCGUCUACAAGUACUGCUCCAAGCUGGCCGAGGUCUUCGAGCAGGAGAUCGACCCCGUCAUGCAGGGCCUGGGCUACUGCUGUGGGAGAAAGUUGGAGUUCUCCCCCCAAACUCUCUGCUGCUAUGGCAAGCAGCUGUGCACCAUACCACGAGAUGCUGCUUACUUCAGUUAUCAGAACAGGUACCACUUCUGUGAAAAGUGCUUCAACGAGAUCCAGGGUGAGAGUGUGUCCCUGGGGGAUGACCCUACCCAGCCUCAGACGUCCAUCAAUAAAGAGCAGUUUGAGAAGAAGAAGAAUGACACACUGGAUCCUGAAAUGUUUUCAACCUGUUUGGACUGUGGGCGUAAAAUGCAUCAAAUCUGCGUUCUGCACCAUGAUACGAUUUGGCCAUCAGGAUUUGUAUGCAACAGCUGUCUGAAGAAAUCGAAUAAGUCGCGGAAGGAGAAUAAAUACGCAGCCAAGAGGCUGCCCCAGAAUAAACUCAGCAGCUAUCUGGAGACGCGGGUGAACGACUACCUGAGACGACAGUCUCACCCCGAAGCCGGCGAUGUCACCAUCCGCGUGGUUCACGUCUCCGACAAGGUCGUGGAGGUCAAACCAGGAAUGAAGUCCAGGUUUGUGGACAGUGGAGAAAUGGCGGAGUCCUUUCCUUACCGCUCCAAAGCUCUGUUUGCGUUUGAGGACAUCGACGGGGCGGACGUCUGCUUUUUUGGCAUGCAUGUACAGGAGUAUGGCUCUGACUGCCCACAGCCCAAUCAAAGGCGAGUUUACAUAUCCUAUCUGGACAGUGUCCACUUCUUCCAGCCACGCCAUCUAAGGACUGCAGUGUACCACGAGAUUCUUCUCGGGUACCUGGAGUACGCAAGGAGAUUGGGGUAUACCCAGGGGCAUAUCUGGGCUUGCCCACCCAGCGAAGGUGACGACUACAUCUUCCACUGUCACCCUAUGGAUCAAAAGAUCCCCAAGCCCAAGAGACUGCAGGAGUGGUACAAGAAGAUGCUGGACAAGGCCGUGUCGGAGCGCAUAGUGCACGACUACAAGGACAUCUUUAAGCAGGCCACAGAGGACCGCCUGACCAGUGCCAAAGAGUUGCCCUAUUUCGAAGGUGACUUUUGGCCCAACGUCCUGGAGGAGAGCAUCAAAGAGCUGGAGCAGGAGGAGGAGGAGAGGAAGAGGGAGGAGAACAGCACUUCUAACGAGAGCGUCGACGCCACGAAAGGCGACAGCAAG